UUCUAUCGUCACAUUUCAAUAAGAUUAAGAAGCAUAAAUGAAAAUAUGUGUCUAGAAGUGUGAACGAAGAAAUCAUAGAAGUAUAAUACGAAGACAAAAAAGAAGAAGGAAUAAGUGUAUUCUCUUUCAAGUGUUUUCAUCUCAUCGAAAGAGUUUAAUCUUAUUUGAUAAGACAAUAGCAAACAAAGAAAAAAGAGAGAAAAAGAAGAAGAAAAGAAAGGAAGAAAGAAGAGAAAGGAAUAAAAAGAAGUACCAAAGCGAUAGAACGAAGAUGACAUAUCUAAAAUUACUCUUGCUCAUUUAUCUCGGUGAAUCCUUUCUCUUAUUUCAUUAUUCCGUAGCCACGGAAAUUGAAACGAUAAUGACACGUACGUUACCAGUUUAUGCGAUGCUCUCAAAUGCACAUCUUCUUAAUUCAACAAAGUGCACUAAGGAAUUGAUGAAUUUACGAGAUGCUAUCGAUCGGCGAACGUUAUGGAGCUUAAAAGUAAUGGAUUCAAGUGGGGUACCAAAACCCGGAUUCGUUUAUGGAAAUAAUUAUUGGCUUGGUAUCCAAAGUCAAUGCAAAGACAUGAACAAUAGAGAUCCAUUGAUACUUUUAGAAAAGGAAAUAAUGAAUAAUUCGAAAUAUCGUCACGUAGAAGAUGAAUUUCCACCAUACGAAGUGAAAUAUUUCGUCGCAUAUUUCAGGCACAAUAGUACUUUGCAAUACCACGUUAGAUUACCUAACGAAAAUUUGGUAACACUCGGAAUGUGUUUACCGGCCACUUGUUCAAAGGACGAACUAUUUAUUCUUCUUGAAAAAGUUUUCAAAGAUAGAAGUCUUAUUAUGGGUGACCUGUAUUCGGCUGAUUUUAAGUUGUUCAAAGUAAAAGAUCUAAUUGACGACCAUCGAUGGCUCUUGAGUGGAACAUUCAUAUCAAUCAUGAUUCCAUUGAUACUUACGUGCUUGUUAAUGCUAAUGGGAACGAUCUAUGACGUUCUAAUAUAUCAAAGACGCUUAAAGAGGCACGCUAAACUUCUUAAAAGUUAUGAAAAUACUAAUUCUUCUCAGACAAUCGAUAUUAAAAGAAAAGAGGAAGAUCCUGAGGACAAGCUGACAGCAUUGAAAUUUCGAAGUAACAUCGGUAGAAUAUUACUAUCAUUUUCCGUUUACUCGAACACGAAGAUUAUAUUUAAUACAAAACUUAAUAAUGAAUCUAUAACAGUUAUACACGGUUUAAGAUUCCUAUCGAUGUUAUGGGUUAUUAUGGUACACACGAUAUUCUACAUGCAUGACUAUACAGACAAUAAGAUAAUAACUUGGAGGAAAUCAGAAGGUUUUGCUAAUCAAGUGUUAAGCAACUCGACCCUAUCGGUGGAUACAUUUUUUUUCCUCGCUGGUUUCCUCGCAGUUUAUUUGUAUUUAAAAGCAGAAAAGGGGGAAGGAAAACAUCGGCCAUUCAAUUACGUUGCUGAAGCUAACAUCUUCUUCAUGAGCCUCUUAAAAAGAUUUAUCAGAUUGACACCGGCUUAUAUGUUUGCGAUGGGAAUAUUCGAAAUAAAUUCAAUGUGGUACAGUUAUACCUCGGAGUUUUAUAUGGACGAACGUCCAUAUGAGAUCUGUCCGAAAUAUUGGUGGAGGAAUAUACUCUAUAUUCAAAAUUUCUUUAGUAGAGAGACUAUGUGUAUGUCUUGGAGUUGGUACUUGGCGAAUGAUAUGCAAUUUUUUGUGAUAAGUACAUUCCUGUUAACGUUAUCGUCCAUGUACUUCAACGUGGCAGUCAUCUUGCUAGGUCUAUUGUUCAUCACAUCGACGAUCGUAACAGGCUAUAUAUCCUAUAUUUACGAUUACGUUCCUACAAUGGAUCAACAGUACCAUCUAUUAGAUAUCCUGUACGAUCCACCCUGGACUAGAAUAGGACCUUAUAUAGUGGGUAUGAUCACCGGUUAUAUUAUUAUCAAAUUGAACAACGAAUUACAAUGGAAAAAGAAAACUAUCAUAUUAUUCUGGAUACUUGGUAGCACUUGCAACGUAUUAGUACUUUUUGGAUUAUGGGAAAGAAGCAUAUCAACUAUAUCUGCUGCCUUUUACGUUGCCCUUAGUAGAACAGUUUGGGGAAUAGGCUUGGCAUGGCUCUUAAUCGCCUGUGUCACGAAUCACGGAGGUAUUGUGAAUAAGAUUCUUUCGUUCAAAGGUUGGAUACCAUUCAGUAGAUUGACUUACAGUACCUACCUUUUAAAUCCUAUUAUUAUCAAUUCCAUUUACUUGCACAGCGAAACUUCUGUUCACGUUGAUUUUCUACCAAACUCAGCGCUCUUUUUAGGAAACUUUGUGAUCAGUUACGUAUGCGCUUACGCAUUCACGAUGAUGUUCGAAACGCCAUACAUCCUGUUGAUGAAACAAUUCAUUGAUCAUACCGGCGAUAGAAAAAAAUGAUCGAUCCUAUCCAUUCACGGAUAUCUUUAUAUUCAUUAAAUUGAAUUAUCACAAGGUUUUUCUUUGAUGUUUUGUAAUUUAUUGGAAAAAAAUGUAUAUGUUCGAAUUUUU